ACAUUUUAUAUUUUUGAUGGGAACAAUUUAAAGAGAAAAAACUAGUUAGAGAACAGCAUGUAGAAACUCGGCUUAAGGUUUCUCUUUAAGGCGUGACGAUAGCAAAAUGGCUAGAAUGAUAGCGAAAGUGUAUACUAUCAAGUGACAGAACUCGAUUGUAUCGUCAUGUAACUCGAUUAUUAUCAAAUAAAAACAUGAAUUACUCGUCUUAAAUUUCGUAUAUAUAUAUAUAUAUUGAUCGUUUUCGAUUUGCAUAUUGACCGAAGGAUGUAACCAUGUUAAACGACGUGUCAAAGAGAUUGUCACGAAGCUCCGAAACAACCGAGGUUGAUGUUCGCGAAGAUGAAGAGCAAACGAAAAAAUUUCAAGACAUUAUCGACUUGCUUCUUGCGGCGGGCUACUUUCGAGCUAGGAUAAAGGGACUAUCGAAUUUUGAUAAAGUAAUCGGUGGGAUGACCUGGUGCAUAGAAUCAUGUAACUUCGAUGUAGAUAUCGAUUUACUGUUUAGGGAAAAUCUUACCAUAGGUCAAAAAAUCUCAUUGACUGAAAAAAUCGUAGCUAUGUUACCUAAAAUGAAUUGCCCAUAUCGAAUAGAACCACAUCAAAUUCAAGGCUUAGAUUGCAUUCACAUUUUCCCUGUGAUUCAGUGGUUGGUCAAACGUUCGAUGGAAACCCGGGAAGAAACAGCAGAUUUUGUACGAUCAUUUGCUUUAAGUCAGUUUCACAAAAAGCAUUCUUUUUCCGAGGAUUCAUCUGCGGCACAAGGUGUCAAAGAAAAUUUAAUAAAAAAUAUUCAUUUGAUCAAGAAAUCGUAUGAACCUCGACGUCUUUUUAAACACAAAGACGACGCCAAAAGAGAGGAGUCUACAAGAUUUCUUGGCACUGUCCUGGAGUAUGAAGCACCCUUAUAUUCUAUAAAAAUUGCUGCUUUACCAGCCGAGGCUGCUUCAAGUGAUGUUAAGGAAAAUGAAAAUAAAGAAGAGCUGAAGGAAAAGGAAAAUACAGAUCAAUUAACUGGGAAUUUGGCUGCUAUAGAAGAAAGUUCAGCUCGUUUAAGCGUAGUAGCUGUGGGUAAUAUCGUUGGUAUUCAAGCUCAAGAGAUCGCCAAAGUAGCCGAGAAAUAUGCGACGAUGUCGAUUUCCGAAGCCGAGGAAACAGGCGGUACAAAUUCUUCGGCAGCUUUGACUGCACUAGAGAAUCAAAGAGCUGCGCUUCAAAAUCGUGUUCGUAAAUUAACGAAGGAAAGAGACGCUUUGUCCGCCAAGCAUUUGGAAUUAACGGAGAAACUGAACGAAUCUCGUGCAAAACGACAAGCCAUCGAGCGCUCGUUAAAGAAAGCACAGGAAAUGGAUAUCAAUGAAAAUGAUAGUAUCUACAAACGCUUGAAAGAACUUCUUCUGGUGCACGAUGGUUUAAAGGAACAAGAACAUGAUUUCCGCGAACAAUGUAAGUCUGAUUUGAAUCUUCUAAAAGGUAAGCUGCAAGAAAUUGAAAAUGGUACGUCUGAGGAGGAGGAAGAUCGUUUGAAGGAGUACGAGCAACAAAAGGAAGCGGUUACAAAGGUCAGACUACAGCUGGCCAAAAAAAAUAGGGCUAUUGCGUCCUUAACUAGGCAAUUGGACGACGUUCCUGGUCGUUCAGAGCUUACACAAUACCAAAGGCGAUUCAUGGAACUUUAUAAUCAAGUUUCGGCAAAGCACAAAGAAACAAAGCAAUAUUACACAUUGUACAAUACUUUGGAUGACACGAAGCUUUAUUUAAGCAAGGAGUUAUCACUGCUGAAUUCAAUUCAAGAUAAUUACAAUGAAGCAAUGGCAUCAACAAGCGGCAAAGAGGAAUUUCUUAAACAGUUCGAGGCGAUUGUUGCAGGCGUUAAGCGUAACAAGGCAAAGGUGGAGAAACGAUGUGCCGACGAGAAAAACCGAAGGGACGCGCUCAGCCGGCAGCUAGUGACUCUGAUAGAACAACAACGCAAAUACGUCGCUGCAGUCAGGCAGCUCACGAUUGAAUGUCGUAAAAAUGAAGCCUUGCUCGCACAACUGCGAGGAAUGGAUGCAUCAUCCGAGCAGUACAAUAGUUCUCAACGUUGAGAGCAAGACUGCGAGGAACAAGCGAGAUACAUAUUCGAAAGGGUAACACUUGGUGUUAUGAAGAACUUCGUGGAAGACCGGUCUCUCGUUCCAUACAUUAAUUUUAUAAGAAAGAAUAUAUGAACUCGCUAAAAUGUGCUUUUUCGCUCACCUUCCAUUAAUCUUACCUGCAUUAGACCCCCAAGUGGGUAAUCCCGGGUUAAUCUUUACGGAGACAUAUGGUAGGUCCCGACAUAUCGACGUCAAAAAUUAACUUACACGAAAGAAAGAAAGAUUGUGUUUGAAAAAGAUAUUCGUAGCGUUGUAAUUUAAAGUAGUAAAAUACGAAAAUUACAUGACAUACGAGUACAGAUGAAUAUCCUGUAUAAUAUAUUAUAUGCACCUUGGGUUU